GUCCUGAGUCCUGAGUACAGAGUUGAGACGAAUUUUCCGCCAUUGUUUCUUCGUAUGCCCCAAACACACUGAAGGUUAUACGUAACAUUGUCCUGACUCUGGCUUCUAUAAGGACUUCUUAACAUGAAUUUCAUGUUAUGAUGCAGUUGCAAAUCUCGUCAUCAUUUUUUUUUUUCCUGAUUCUAUCUUGUAGUUUCAUUAUUGCUGCUAGAUCUUGUAGGAGUAACUUCUCUCGCUGUGCUUCUAUCAGCUUGUUUAUCGAACUUUCUCUCUUCAAAAGUCAUAACUAGUGAGUAUUUGAAUUUUGGACUUGGGCCUGAUCAUCCCCCCGUGUGUCUUCGCUAUCUUUAACACGCAGUUGUGGGUAGUUGAGCUUUUAGUUGAUAUGGAAGUUCAGAGGGCUACAAAUGGUGGAAAGAAUUGUUCUACGAUGACUCCACUUAGAAUGGUUAGGGGUCUCUUGUGUCUACUUGUGCUUCUUUUGACCGCCUUCAUGAUGUUAGUGUAUUUUGGCUUUGUGAGUGCUGUAAUAAUUCGGUUUCUCAGCAUAUAUUACAGCAGAAAAGUGACAUCGUUCUUCUUUGGUACUUGGUUAGCUUUGUGGCCUUUCCUUUUUGAAAAGAUAAACAUGACCAAAGUCAUUUUUUCAGGAGAAACACUUCCUCCUAGGGAACGCGUUUUGAUUAUUGCAAACCAUAGAACUGAAGUUGAUUGGAUGUACUUGUGGGACCUAGCAUUGCGGAAGGGAAGAAUCGGUUAUAUAAAGUAUGUCCUUAAGAGCAGUUUGAUGAAACUACCUUUAUUUGGUUGGUCAUUCCAGAUAUUGGAGUUCAUCCCCGUGGCGAGAAAGUGGGAAGUUGAUGAAUCUAUUAUGCGCCAGAUGCUUUCAACGUUUAAGGAUCCCCGAGAUCCCCUCUGGCUUGCUCUUUUCCCAGAAGGCACAGACUACACUGAGCAGAAGUGCAUCCGCAGCCAGAAAUAUGCUGCAGAAAAUGGCCUUCCUAUCCUAAAUCAUGUCCUACUUCCAAAAACAAAGGGCUUUUUCGCCUGUUUGGAAUGUUUGAGAGGAUCUCUUGAUGCAGUUUAUGAUGUCACUAUUGCUUACAAGCAUUGCUGCCCAACUUUCAUGGAUAAUGUUCUUGGGGUGGCUCCGUCUGAAGUUCACAUCCAUGUUCAACGCAUAACCGUUGACAGUAUACCGACCUCUGAAGAAGAGGUCAAUACGUGGUUAAUCAAUAGAUUCCAUCUCAAAGACCAGAUGCUCUCCGAUUUUCAUUCUCGGUGCCAUUUCCCCGACCAAGGAACGGAAAAAGAACUCUCUACCACAAAGUGCCUUGUUAAUUUUGGGGCAGUAAUUCUCCUGACGGGUAUAUUUACUUACUGCACUUUUUUCUCCUCAAUCUGGUUUAAAAUCUUUAUGUGUUUGGUCUGUGUAUAUUUCACAUAUGCUACCUAUUUCAACAUAAGACCAUUGCCCGUUGACCUUGUAAAAGCUUUGUCUAAAAGCAAAUCAUCCUAGGUCCCUUGUAUCUGUAUUUCCAAUGUGGUUCUGAAGUCCAUAACAGCCAAAAAUUUUGCUUCACACGUGAUGAAUUAUCAAUGGCACGGUUAACUGUUUAACUUUGCUA